AGGAGCUAGCAGAUUGGAGCCGGGCUCUGGGGCUUUGCUAGAAGUUGGACUUUAGCUGGGGCUAGAGUUUCCCCGCGGUGACAGCAUCCGCGGCCUCCGGAGGACCAUGUCACUGGACUUUGGUAGUGUGGCACUGCAGACACAAAACGAAGAUGAAGACUACGACAACGAAGAUUAUGAAAGGGAGAAAGAGUUGCAGCAGUUACUCACAGACCUGCCUCAUGAUAUGCUGGAUGACGACCUGUCCUCCCCCGAGCUCCCCUCUUCGGACUGCAGUGAGGACGACACAGAGGGACGACCUCAUCCUUCUGAGCAAUUGGAGAUGAACUGGAAUGACCAUCCGGUGCUGCCUAAAUCUAAAAGUGCAAAUGACUAUAAUGAGAUUCGGGAUAUAUAUAUGGGAGAGAAAAUCGGCAAUGGCUGGGAAGAGAAUCCAAGUAAGACUGAAGAGCAGCAUCCUGGGUACCAUCCCGAAGAAGGUGGCGAUGAAGGCAGAAGGGCUUACAGUUCUCCGAGUAAAUAUGAACAGACUGAUUUAUAUCACCUUCCUGAAGACUUCAGGCCAUUUACCAAUGGUCAGAAGCAGGAAUUUAAUAAUCAGCCAGCCAAUGUAAUUAAAUUUUCAGAUCCUCAAAGGAAUCAUUUUCAGCAAUUUGGUACACCACAAGCUCCCAGUUGUCAAGUGUUGGAACCAUAUACAGUGGUAUAUAAACCUUACCAGUCUCCUGCUCAGCACAGCGACUCACCAACCCAGGAGAUAGCAGGAGGUGACACAUUUGAAGGCCUGCAACAACAAUUCUUAGGAGCUAACGAAAGUUCUGCAGAAAAUAUGCAGAUCAUUCAACUUCAGGUUCUUAACAAAGCAAAAGAGAGACACCUGGACAAUCUAGUUGAAAAAUUAAAUGAAAGUGAGCGUCAAAUCAGGUAUCUGAAUCACCAGCUUCUGAUAAUCAAAGAUGAGAAGGAUGGUUUGGCCCUCAGCCUUCGAGAAUCACAGAAACUCUUUCAGAAUGGAAAAGAAAGAGAGAUACAGCUUGAAGCACAAAUCAAAGCACUGGAGACCCAAAUACAGGCAUUAAAAGUCAAGGAAGAACAGAUGAUUAAGAAGUCCAGGACGACGGAAAUGGCCCUGGAAAGCCUGAAGCAGCAGCUGCUGGACCUGCAUCACUCCGAGUCCCUCCAGCGCGCCCGGGAGCAGCACGAGAGCGUCGUGGCGGGCCUUACCAACAAGUACGAGGAGCAAGUGCUGUCCUUACAAAACAAGUUGGAUGCUACGGUGGCUGCUCUUAAGGAACAGGAAGACAUUUGCUGUCAUUUGAAAGAUAAGGUGAAACAACUGGAAAGGAAUCAAGAAGCAACCAAAUUAGAAAAGACGGAGAUCAUUAACAGAUUGUCCAGAAGUCUAGAGGAGAGUCAAACGCAGUGUGCCAACUUAUUGCACUCAGGCUCAGUCCAGGAGGUGGCUCAGCUCCGGCUCCAGCUGCAGCAAGCGCAGAAGGCACAUUCUAUGAGCGAAAACAUGAACAGGGCUUUGCAGGAAGAAUUAACAGAACUAAAAGAUGAAAUUUCUCUCUAUGAAUCUGCUGCAAGACUAGGAAUACUUCCAAGUGACUCAGAAGGAGAAUUAAAUGCAGAACUCACGGAAUCAUACGUGGAUUUGGGUAUUAAAAAAGCCAACUGGGAAAAAUCCAAAGUUAAGAGCGUGGCCCAACAAGAAGACCCAGAUAGAGAGCUUUCCAAGGAUGAGGUGAUCCUGAGGCUGAAAGCAGAAGUGCAGCGUUUGCUGGGCAGCAACUCCGUGAAGCGCCGCCUGGUGUCUCAGCUGCAGAGUGACCUCAAAGGCUGUCGGAAGAAAAUCGAAGACCUACAGCAAGUGGAGAAGGAUGUACAGAGCAUCGCGGUCGAGACUAAAACAGAUGCCUCAGAGAAACCAACUAAUCAGUUAUGGCCUGAUUCUUCUACUUCUGAAUUGACUGUCAAAGAUGAUAUUCUGCGACUUGAAAAUGAAAUUCAAGUUUUGCAACAACAAAAUCAGGCACUAAAAGAAACAGAAGAAAAACUGAGAAAUACAAACCAGGAGUUAUGUAAUCAAAUGAGACAAAUGGUACAAGAUUUUGACCAUGAUAAACAAGAAACUAUUGAUAGGUGUGAGAGGACUUACCAGCAGCACCACGAAGCCGUGAAAGCCCAGAUUCGCGAGAGCCUGUUAGCGAAGCAUGCUGUGGAGAAGCAGCAGCUCUUCGAGGUCUAUGAGGGGACUCGCUUGCAACUUAGGUCUGAACUGGAUAAGAUGAAUAAGGAGAUGGCCGCUGUGCAGGAGUGUUACCUGGAAGUGUGCAGAGAGAAGGAUGACCUAGAAUCGACUCUCAGGAAGACCAUCGAAAAGGAGCAGCAAACGCAGGAGAAGAUGAAAGAAGAACUUUUUCAACAGAUUGAAAAGGAGUGGCAGGCUAAGCUGGCUCAAACUGUAAAGGCAAUGAAAAAGACAACCUCUGACUGUUACAGCCAGACGGACCAGGUAGCCGCCAAAGAUGCUGUUUCCCAGAAAGAGAUGGCAAUGGUGACAGAAGGACAGGAGCAGGGGGCCCAGCAGGAUCCAGAGCAGGAAAAGGACAGAGCUAUCAAGGCAGCCCUGAAGAAACUCGAGGUUGAAUUGGAACUCAAAUAUUGUGAAAACGUUGCCAAACAGGUAGAAACAGCUGUGCAAAAUGCUCGCCAUCGAUGGCUGGAAGAACUGCCUGAGCUUGCAGAGUAUAAAGCACGUGUCAGAGCGGAACAGAAGAGGUGGGAAGAACAGCAAGAGGUCUUUGUGGCCAAACGGAUAUUGUUUGCUGUUUCUGAAGCUAAAGAGAAAUGGAAAAGCGAGCUUGAAAAUACGAAGAAAAAUGUAACACCUGGAAAGGAAUUGGAGGAGAAGAUUCAUUCUCUUCAGAGAGAGCUGGAACUGAAGGACGAGGAAGUCCCUGUGGUUGUCAGGGCCGAGUUGGCAAAGGCCCGGAGUGAAUGGAACAAAGAAAAGCAAGAAGAAAUCCACAGAAUUCAAGAACAAAAUGAGCAAGAUUACAGACAAUUUUUAGAUGAUCAUCGAAAUAAAAUUAAUGAGGUGCUUGCAGCAGCUAAAGAAGAUUUUCUGAAACAGAAAGCCGAACUGCUCCUCCAGAAGGAGACAGAAUUGCAAACCUGUCUAGACCAGAGUCGCAGGGAGUGGACUGUGCAGGAAGCCAGGCGGGUCCAGCUGGAAAUCUGUCAGUUCGAGGAGGACAUUCUGACUGUCCUUGAACUUCUGCUAAAGGACACCCCGAAGGAGCAAGCCUCUGGUUUAGAGAACAAGCAACUCUCAGAACUCGUGUCGAUGUGUUCUUCAAAGUGGGCGUCUGUGCGAUAUUUUGAAAAACUAAAGGCCUGCAUUCAGAAAGCACUUCAAGAUAUGCUCUCCCUACUUACGGAAAAUGCCAACUCAGAAUGGGAAAAGAGAAACAUGGGUGUCACUGGGCGAGGAGACCCUGGAACCCUGGUCGUCCUUCCUGCACCCACGUCCGGACACCAUGCUCAGACCUGGGCCUCGAAACAAACAGAAGCAGAAGCUGAUAAGAAAAAGAUCCCUGAAAUUAAAGGUUCAUGCUGUGGACACAGCUUCCAAGAACUUGAAAAGGCAAAGCAGGAAUGUCAAGAUCUGAAAAGAAAACUGGAGAAAUGCUGUAGGCAUCUUCAGCAUUUAGAAAGGAAGCACAAAGCCGUAGUGGAAAAAAUCGGAGAGGAGAACAGUAAAGUUGUUGAAGAAUUAAUAGAAGAAAACAAUGACAUGAAGAGUAAAUUGGAAGAACUGAGAACCCUUCGUAACUUACCACCAAGGUCAUUGUCAGAAGGGGCCAUUGAACAUGCUUGCCAGCCGUGCCAUCAGGGGGCCUUGGAAGAGCUUCGUGAGCAGUACAUUAAAGCAGUGAAAAAAAUCAAGCGUGACAUGCUGCGGUACAUUCGGGAGAGUAAGGAGAGAGCUGCGGAAAUGGUCAAGGCAGAGGUGUUGCGGGAACGUCAAGAAACCAUCCGUAAGAUGCGCACGUACUAUUUGACCUGCCUCCAGCAGAUCUUGCAGGAUAAUGGGAAACAGGAGGGAGCUGAGAAAAAGAUUAUGAAUGCUGCUAGCAAACUUGCUACAAUGGCAAAGCUGCUGGAAACACCUAUUGCAAACAGAUCCCAGAGCAAAACCACAGCGUCAGUACUGCCCCCGACUUCAGAGAUAACUGGUGUUGAGAAAUCAAAAAGUAACGACGUGAAGCAGACUAUCCCGGGUCACCCUGAAGGCAAAUCAAACGGCAUGAAAACUCUCCCCAAAAGUGUGUGCGACCAGGUUCCCAGGAGGAGGGCCGCUUGCGACCUACGGAGGCGGCUGGAGGAGGCGGAGCUUGGGGACCCACAGCACGCGGGUCCCAAAGGGUCGCGUCCAGACUUUCAGUGUGAGGACGGCCAACAUCUGGACGCGUCGCCAAGGACUGCCUCCCCCGAGUUCGUUCCUUGGGAAGGCGAAGGGGGCUUUGGUCUGCACAAGAAAGACCUCCUGGGUGACGCCGGCUGGGAAUCCUGUCCGCACGCAGCCGACUACCCCUUCCCCGGCCCCUUCGGAAGCAAGUCCUCACCGAGAAAUGGGCCCGGUCUCUCCGAACCCGGAUGCGCACACGUAACCUGUCGGAGCCCCAAUGGAAGACGGGGCUUCCAGGUGUACACGUGUGUCCCCCUCCGUGAAAGUGGAGACGCCGCGUCGGAGAAAAGCGAGCGCCCGCGUGUGGAGGAAGCUCCGGUCAGGGACGGCGCGGACCUGGGUGCCUCCCGGGGCUGGCGGUCCAGCGGCGCCACCCUGCCCUGCGGCAGCCGCGAGGCGGCCCUUCUCCGCGGAGGGCCGCACGGGACCCUGGAUGCGCUCGCCGAGGCUGGUCAUGUCAAACAGUUCUUCGCAGCCGGUUGCCUUCCCGAUAAAGAGAAACAUAGUAAGAAUUCUCAGCCGGUGAAAUGUCGGACCGGUCGCAUUCCAGACCUGUUCGAAGAAGCCGUGCAUUCCCAGCCGGGGAAGGUCAGCAUGACCCCUGGACCCCCAGCUCAUCCUAAGGCUGAUGUGUUGGCGUCAGGUUUCAAAAAGCUGAGCGGUGCGGAGCAUCGGCAGCCUUCGAGAAAGCCGAUGGCCCCCCUGUCCAGCCAGCGGGACAGCGGCUUCGACAGCCCCUUUGUCAAUCUUGACUAAUCGUUGUACAGUAUUUAAGAAGAAUAUAUUGACAAGAAACCUGGAAGGGAAGACUUCAUACUGGAAAAUGUUUUGAGAUGUUUUAAUAACAUCUAUGAGUAAAGUAUUCCCAUAAAAUUACUUGAGAUAUUCAUGUCGCCUUAAUCUCCCAAAGGCCUGAUAGUGUCUGUGUAAUCUGUUUCCGUGUGGUGUUUGUAUUUGAUUGCUAAACCAUCUAUUUUUUAUACUUACAAAUUAGCUCUCUGUGCACUGUUAAAUUAUUUAAAUAAAACUUGCAUAUGGUC